AUGCCAAUGCUCAAAGACCCUUCCAAAAAGUACAAGCCUUUCAAGCCAUUGAAUCUACCUAACCGCCAAUGGCCCAACAAGACCAUCGACAAGGCCCCCCGUUGGUUGGCCACCGACCUUCGUGAUGGCAACCAAAGUCUCCCUGAUCCAAUGGACGGCGAGCAAAAACUUAAGUUCUUCAAGAUGUUAGUAGAGAUCGGUUACAAGGAAAUCGAGGUUUCAUUCCCUGCUGCUUCUCAAAUCGACUUCGACUUCACCCGCCGCCUCGUGGAAGAGCCCGGCCUCACCCCCGAUGAUGUCUGGCUCCAGGUCCUUGCUCCUUGCCGUGAGGAUCUGAUCCGUCGUACCGUCGACUCUCUUACGGGAGCCAAGAAGGCCAUCCUGCACAUUUACCUCGCCACUAGCCCCUGUUUCCGUCAAAUUGUUUUCAACAUGGAUAAGAAGCAAAGUUUAGAAAAGGCUGUUCAGUGCGCCAAGUAUGCUCGCUCAAUCACAAAGGAUGACCCCGCCCAAGCCGGCACAGAAUGGCAAUUCGAGUUCUCGCCAGAGACAUUCUCAGAUACUGAGCCUGAUUUCGCUGUAGAGGUUUGUGAGGCUGUCAAGGCCGCCUGGGAGCCUACUGCUGAGAACCCUAUUAUCUUUAACCUGCCCGCCACAGUUGAGAUGUCCACACCCAACGUCUACGCUGAUCAGAUUGAAUACUUCUGUUCCAAAAUGACUGAGCGCGAGAAGUUCGUUGUCUCCCUUCACCCCCAUAACGACCGUGGCUGCGCUGUCGCUGCUGCUGAGUUGGCUCAGAUGGCCGGUGCUCAACGAGUCGAGGGUACCCUCUUCGGUAACGGUGAGCGUACUGGAAACGUCGACUUGGUCACUCUUGCCCUCAACCUUUACACACAAGGUGUCACGCCUAACGUCGACUUUUCGGAUAUUUGCUCUGUUAUUAAGGUUGUGGAGGAGAGUAAUAAGAUUCCCGUUAACGAGCGCUGGCCAUAUGGAGGAUUGCUUGUUACCUCUGCCUUUUCUGGAAGUCACCAAGAUGCCGUUCUCAAGGGUUUCAAGCUCCGCGAGGCAGAGGGUGCAAACGACGACGUCGAGUGGAGAAUGCCUUAUCUCCCUCUCGAUCCCCAAGAUAUCGGACGUACCUACGAGGCCGUUAUCCGAGUCAACUCGCAGAGCGGCAAGGGUGGUGCCGCCUGGGUUAUUCUGCGCAGUCUGGAGCUGGAUCUCCCGCGUGCUUUGCAGAUCGAGUUCAGUAAGACCGUCCAGCAAGCAACUGAGGAUGCGAACCGCGAACUGCGACCUGCCGAAGUUGUUCACCUGUUUGAGGAAUCUUACCACCUCAAGUCAAACCCUCGUUUCAACCUGAUCGAUUACAACAUUACUACCGACCGCUCGCACUCUCCUGCUCCACCAGAGUCUGGUAAGGUCCUUAAUACUAAGAACCUCAAGCGUCGCUUCACCGGUGUUAUCGAGAUCGAUGGUGCCCAGCACGCUAUUACCGGUACCGGUACUGGUGCCCUUUCAUCUCUCGCUGCAGCCCUCGCUACUCUUGGUAUUGACCUUGAUGUCGUCGAUUACAAGGAGCACUCUAUUGGUCGCUCUAGCGGUCUGGGUCGUGACGUGAAGGCUGCCACAUACAUUAACUGUACCGCCGCCGGUAGCAAGGAGAAGGUCUGGGGUGUUGGUAUCCACGCCGAUGUGGUCCAGGCAUCCCUGAUUGCCAUGUUGAGCGCUGCCAGUUCGUUCCUUGCUUCUAACUCUGGCUCACCCGCUCCUUUCCGCCCUAUUCGUUCCAACACCCUCACCGAUGAGGAUAUCCAGGCUCUUGAGCAGUUGACUGGUAAUGCCGAGGCUGCCACUGCCAACGGUGGUCUUACUCCCAAGGUUAACAUUGAGAAGCUCACAAAACAAGCUGAGGCCUAA